AUGCCUUCGUUCAAACGUAUAUCCACACUUCACGCUCCAAGGUUAACUUUCAACAUGAUGGAGUCUAAAGGUUCCUCCUGUUUUAGUGUGAUUGACCAAGAUAGUUGCAAAGACGAAAUGAUUUUGAAAUCACGUCGAUUAUUUCAAGUAGCUGGGUUUGCAUCAAAAGCGGCGCCAAAACUUACAGAUGUGUUGAUUGUCGGAGGUGGCCCUGCGGGGCUGACGUUGGCAGCUGCGAUCCAAACUUCCCCACAUUUGGCAGGCUUAUCUACAACACUCGUGGACGCCGGUGAUUUGAAAACGAAAGUCGCAGGGUUCUAUGAUAAUCCUCCUUCGAAAUUUACCAAUAGAGUUAUUAGCCUGACUUCUCAAUCCAAGAGAUUUUUGGAGGAAACAGUAGGCGUUCGUUUGAUGGAAGAAAGAGUUCAAGCUUUUGACGGCAUUUAUGUGACAGAUGGAUGCUCAAAUGGGAAACUGGAAAUGGAGAGGGAGUCCAUGGGAUCAAUGGUAGAAAUUUUAAAUAUUCAAAGCUCGGUCUUGGCUCGUAUAAAUGAGUUAAACGCCGAGAACUUGGAAAUUAUUGACAAGGCAAAAGUCGUUGAAAUCCAGAGUUCGGAUCUUCUUAAACCAGGUUCUUGGCCAAUUGUGUCCCUAGAUAAUGGCCAAACUUUCAAAACGCGACUGCUCAUAGGCUGUGAUGGUUUCAACUCGCCUGUCAGAAAGUUUUCUCAUAUCGAGUCGCGGGGGUGGUUCUACAAUAGGUUUGGCGUAGUUGCGACAAUGAAAUUGGAUUCUUCACCUUUCAAGAUUAGAGGCUGGCAAAAAUUUUUACCCACAGGUCCCAUCGCCCAUUUACCACUUCCAGACGACAAUGCGACUCUCGUUUGGAGCACCACAGAGCCGCUAUCUAAACUUUUACUAGAUAUCACCCCUGAACAGUUCACUUUACUCGUCAAUGCAGCAUUUGUGUUAGACGAUGCUGACAUGAAGUACUAUUAUGAGCAAUUACACAAAGGCAGCAUUACCACUCAGGAACUUAAAGACGACAUCAAAUUUAGAACUGAGCAAGUAUUAGCCACCAUGAAUGAAGAUGCAUUCAUGGAUGAAAUAUUCCCACCUACUGUGACAAGUGUCGAAGAAAAAUCAAGAGCACGUUUUCCUUUAAAGCUUUCACAUGCCGAUACGUACGUGUCCGAAAGAGUCGCUUUGGUAGGCGAUGCCGCACACACCACCCAUCCGCUUGCAGGACAAGGCCUGAACAUGGGACAAGGAGAUGUAGAGUCGUUGGUGAAAGCUCUCGAAAAGGGCAUCCAACGAGGUCAGGAUAUUGGCAGCCUCUUGGCUCUAGAGCCAUACUGGAGCGAAAGAUAUCCGUACAAUAAUAUGCUACUUGGCGUUGUCGACAAGCUUCAUAAAGUGUACUCGACAGAUUUUGGCCCAAUAGUUGCGGCAAGAACUCUAGGAUUAAAUUUGAUUGAUAAAUUGGGACCCCUAAAGGACACUAUGAUGCGUACGGUCAGUGGCCCCAGUCGACAUGACUGA